GUUGUCUUCGGACGAAAGCUUACGUCUUUCUCAACAAUAGCACUUAACCAGUUGCAGCAUGAGAAGAAAUACGACAUUUAUUUUAUGGAUGGAGAUGUUUAUGCACUGUACAGGAAGCUGCUGCAGCAUGAAUGCUCUUUGUGUCCAGAUGUGAAGCCGUUCAAUACCUUUGCAGAUCUGGAACAGCACAUGAGAAAGCAGCAUGAACUCUUCUGUUGCAAACUCUGUGUUAAACACUUAAAGAUUUUUACUUAUGAACGGAAAUGGUAUUCUCGUAAGGACCUCGCUCGUCAUCGAAUCCAUGGAGAUCCAGAUGACACCUCUCAUCGUGGGCAUCCCCUGUGUAAAUUUUGUGACGAACGUUAUUUGGAUAAUGAUGAGUUACUGAAACACCUAAGACGAGAUCAUUAUUUUUGUCAUUUCUGUGACUCAGAUGGUGCUCAGGAAUACUACAGUGAUUAUGAAUACCUUCGUGAACACUUCCGCGAAAAGCACUUCCUUUGCGAAGAGGGACGGUGCAGCACAGAACAGUUUACCCAUGCUUUCCGCACAGAAAUAGAUUAUAAAGCGCACAAAACAGCCUGCCACAGCAAGAACAGGGCAGAGGCCAGGCAGAACCGGCAGAUAGACCUUCAGUUUAACUAUGCUCCUAGGCACCAGAGGAGGAAUGAGGGUGUUAUAGGUGGAGAGGACUAUGAAGAAGUUGACAGGUAUAACAGGCAAGGGAGGUCAGGCAGACUGGGUGGCCGAGGAAGUCAGCAAAACAGAAGAGGCAGCUGGAGAUAUAAGAGGGAAGAAGAAGAUAGAGACGUUGCAGCAGCAGUCAGGGCAUCUGUAGCAGCUAAACGGCAAGAAGAGAAAAAACGCAUAGAAGACAAAGAGGACAGCAGCAGUAGAGGUAAAAAGGAGGACUUGAGGGAUUCUGAAGUGCUCAGCUCCAAACGUGUGCCAAAGUCUUCAAAUGAUGCUGCAGGUCCAUCAGCAGUGGGACCUCUACAAGGCUCUGCCCAGCUAGCAGCGGUUAAGCUUAAAGAAGAAGAUUUCCCAAGCUUGUCAUCCUCUGCAGCACCCACCAUCUCUUCUGGGAUGUCUUUGACAUACACAGCGACUGCAAAGAAAACAGCUUUUCAAGAGGAGGAUUUUCCAGCUCUAGUGUCCAAAAUGAGGCCUAACAAUAAAACAGUAACUAAUAUCACAUCUGCAUGGAACAAUGGUUCCAGUAAAAAUGUGGUCAAAGCCAUUAGCAACCCCUGCGUAAACCAGAUAGCCAAAAAACCAUCCUCCUUGAAUAGCGUUAAAGGAAGUAAGAAGAGCAAUAAACUCUCUCAGUCAGACGAUGAAGACAGCGGUAGUGGCUUGACAACCCAGGAGAUCAGAAACACACCAACAAUGUUUGAUGUAUCGUCCUUGCUGGCAGCUUCUACCUCACAAACUUUUACGAAAGUGAGCAAGAAAAAGAAGAUGGGGGUUGAGAAGCAGAGACCGUCGUCCCCACACCUCUUACAGGAGACAUCGUUUCCCAGGCCAUCGACUGAAAAGCUGCCAGAAGCAGAGCAGACAUCAAAUGCAUCCUCUGCUCUUCACGCCCCUGACAGGUCUGCAACUGUCAUGAAUGGUCAUUCGGAAAAAUCGUUAGCGAUCUGUAGUACACCCAAAGAGCCCCCUGGCCUUAAAAAGCCCACAGUGACUAACAAAUGCCCUUUACCUCAGGAAGACUUCCCAGCUCUUGGGAGCUCAGGAUCGGCUAGAAUGCCCCCGCCACCAGGCUUUAACACUGUGGUGCUAUUAAAGAGUCCUCCUCCGCCUCCUGGACUGUCGGUGCCUGUUAGUAAACCCCCUCCAGGUUUUGCUGUUAUUCCAUCCACCAAUCUCUCUGAACCUGUCACUACAUCUUUGAAAGAGCCAAAAUCCUGUCACGGAUCGUACUUGAUACCUGAAAACUUUCAGCAAAGGAACAUACAGCUAAUACAAUCUAUUAAAGAAUUCCUUCAAAGUGAUGAGUCCAAGUUCAAUAAAUUUAAAACUCAUUCUGGGCAAUUCAGACAGGGCCUGAUUUCUGCAGCACAGUAUUACAAAAGUUGCCGAGAACUGCUUGGAGACAACUUCAAGAAAAUUUUUAACGAGUUGUUGGUGUUGUUGCCGGACACAGUUAAGCAACAAGAACUGCUUUCUGCUCACAACGAUUUCAGAAUCAAAGAAAAACAAAGCUCAAACAAACCCAAAAAGAACAAAAAGAAUGUUUGGCAGACGGACUCCAACUCUGAUCUCGACUGCUAUAUCUGCCCAACGUGUAAGCAAGUACUAACUCAGCAGGACGUUGUCACCCAUAAAGCUUUGCAUAUUGAGGAUGAGGAGUUCCCUUCCUUACAAGCAAUCAGCAGAAUCAUCAGUUAGCUUUCCCGAAGACCAAUAAAACAGUCUCUGUCUAUGAA